UCGUUUCUCCCGGAGAAGGAGCAUAUUAAUGGGAUUCUUUUCCCCGCUGAAUCACCUGAGGGCAGCCGGACAGUGAGUGUCUGGAGGCUGAUGGACGACAUGUCUCCGCAGCAGCAGCAGCAGCAACAGGAAAACACACGGCGGAUGAAGUCUCAGAGUUAUCGGCGGCAGUCCGCCCCCUCUCUGGUCAUCUCCAAGGCUCUCAUCAGGUCCAAGACUAUCUCCAGAGACAGCUUCCUGGUUCCAGUCUGUCCCGAGAGCUGCUCAUUGGUCCAGUCCCUCCUCCUCCCCGGCUCUGAUAGGUCGUUUCUUCUCCACGGAAACGCUCAGUUCAAGACGGGGAUGCAGACUCAGGAGCGACACCUCUUCCUGUUCAGCGACUUGCUGGUGAUCGCCAAAGCCAAAUCAGCCAAUCACUUCAAGCAGAAGGCUCAGGUGUGUGUGUGUGAGAUGUGGACGGCAGGCUGCAUGGACGAAGUGUGUGAGGGGAGCACGAACCCAGAGAGGAGCUUCGUCAUGGGCUGGCCCACCUGUAACUGUGUGGCUAUGUUUAGCUCAGCAGAACAGAAGGAGAGAUGGCUCUCCCUUCUCAAAAGUCGGAUAAAAGAAGAGAAGGAGAAGGAGGAACCUAAAACUAUUCCUCUGAGGGUCUAUGGGAAGGGGAUCAAUACUUUUGCUAUUGCCAAGACGCUUCCUGUCAGCAACUCAGAUUCAACCAAUGAGGUGAUCCGCCUGGCCCUGCAGCAGUUUGGCAUCAUAGGAAAUGUGAAAGACUUCCAGCUGUGGGUCAUCUCCAAGAGGGACAACGCCCCCUAUCCUCUGAUAGGUCAUGAGUUUCCCUUCAGUAUCCAGAUGAGUCAUGUGAGACAGGCGGGGUCUCAGGGGGAGGGGAGCAGAGCGGCAGACAGACAGGUGGAGCAGAUGCAGGUGUACAAGCAGUGCCAGUUCAUUAUGAAGCCUCGGAUCAAUGAAGCACCGCAGGAAUCUGCAGAUUUGUCUCAGAAGCCGUUCAAAAGGAGGCGCUCUCUCAUCACCUGGGNUGUGAACGCGAUCUACUCGUGGCUUUACCCUCUGACCGACUCGUCCUACGACAGUCUGGAGAACGAGUUGGACGUCAGCAGCUCUCCGGCUUUCUGCAGCCGAGCCAAACCUCUCCAAGGCAGCCUGGACUCCAUCCUCACGCUCAGCGACUGCGAGCAAGAGCCAGAUUCACUGCAAACAAACAUGCAGGGGCUGAAGCUGCACCUGCAGGGGAGAAAGAGCAACAGGAGGAAGAAGGAGCAUGCACACUUUUCAAGCUCCACUCAUGAUACACAAUCCCUUGAUUCUCUAUCUCCUCACAGACCAAGAAGAUGCUCAGAGCCAGCGAUUAAAUACGUGGCUAAGUUUCGCCCGUGUGUCUCCAGGAGUACUCUCUCUGGUAAGGAUAAAGAAGAUGAGAUGGCGUUGACACUGAGGAAAACAGGUUUGGAAAUUAGCUCUCCUCGCCUCCUUUCUACCACAAAUUCCCCCACAGCUACACGCUCCUCCCUGGACUCUCUCAACUCCGAUAUCAGUGACCGAACAUGGGCCAAACGACGAGGGAUGCACCCAAACAAGAACCAUCUCCCUCCAAGCUAUCCCCCUGUCUCUUCUCCCUCCUCUGUAAGCUCUGCUCUGCCCUCUAGUGGACACCCAGGCUCCCCAGCAAAGGAAGCACUAAACUGGGGCACAUUGAAAGUGUGCAGGGGCCUCCAUCCAAACUCUUGGCUGAAGAAAGGCCGGAAGCUGUCCCUGACCCAGCAAGACAACGUGGAGAAGGAGGAAGACGACAAAACUGGGGCCGGACUUACUGGGAAAGCUGUACCAGAGAAAGGAAAAGCGGGGGACAAGGGAGGAAGAAAACAUAUCUCAAUCAGCCAUCCCAUUCCCAUAUCAUCCUCUAAAGAUUCAGGAGGAGGAGGAGGAGGAGGAGCAGGAGGAGGAGGAAGAGGAGGCCAUGUGAAGGGGAGACAACCGACACAUCACCGCUCCACAGGGAGUCUUCAAAUCCCCACACAUUCCCCGUGGAUCCCCUCCUCAGACCCCCCUGCAGAGAGUGAAAUGAAGCCUUCGUCUCCGUCUUUAUUCUUCAAGCAUAGCAGGCCUUCUUUGUCGCUGUUCAAGCAACACAAGUCUCAAUCCGGGGAAGAAGGAUGCGACGCCAUGCUCCGAGAGCGACGAGGGUCUGCACCUGGGCGAGUGCUCGUGGAUCGAUCGUCCACUUUCACACGAGCACAACUUCCCAGCGACCCAGGACUCAAAAUCUCCCAUGUGGAUUCACCACAGUCCCAUUUCUGCCUCUCCCCAUGUGACACCAAGACAGUGAGGGACUACUUUUCCUCUCACCCGCGCAGUAAUCCCCAAAGCGGCCAGCAGGUGGCGCUCGCCCUCAUGGAGAAUCGCAGGGAGUGGUUGAGGAGAUGCAGCGAUCCUUCAUCCGCCGAACCAGACUUUGAGAAGCUGCUAUUCGCUGAAGAGUCUUAUGUGUGACUUGAUUUGAUGCAACAAGGAAAAUAAAUGGGACGUCACUGCUGUGGUUAGAUGUGAUAUUCCGCACCUGAAAUGCAUGACUGCUUUUUGGGGUUUGCCUUCAACACUUUCAUUAGUUUGCUUAGGUAAAACAAACGCGGAUUAAGUAUAUUUUAAACUUUGCCUAGUGCUUAAUGCCAGACAGGGAACACGCUUAAUGCAGAAAAUACAUUUAUUUAUAUUGAAAUAAUACUUAAAUUCUAGUCCAAACUGGUGGAUCGUCUUGAUGCAUAAUUGUGUUGGUAUAUCAGGCCAAAGGAAAAACCUGCCAAUUUAAAUUACCUGGUGUUGCCUUUUUUUAUAUUGUAAACAAGUAUAUCAUCUCCUAUUAAUAAUGAAUAAUUGGAUUGUCCCAAUAAAGACGUUUUUAUUUAUAACUAACUUGAUUAAUUUUGCCCUCAAAUUUAAAUGUUGAAGCAUAGCAGCUUUCAGAAGUAGACUUAAUAAACGGUUAAGGGUUAAACUUGCUUUAUGACGCUAAAUGAGCAUCACUUUCUUCCUGCAAUAACUGCAUAUAUUUAAGCAAUAGCUCACGACAGGCCGUGGUAUAUGCUCAUUAUAUCACAGCUAAGGGG